AUGGGGCUGAGAGGAAUAGUCAAAUGGGGGCCUUCAGAUCCAAGGGGCGAGGCGCCCCCUCUGCCUGGGGAAAUAUGGAGGGAAGGGGUUGCGUGUGUGGGCAGAGACCGAGCCCCUUCCCAGGGCGGAAAAGAGCGCCAAGGAAGAGCAUCCGGGCGGUUGAGGAAAGGCCCAGUGAUGGUCCCCCUGGGCGGGAAGAACGGGCUGGCGCUGCCCAUGAAGGAAGGGCCGAGGCAAUCCUGGCCCUCAGAUGGCGGAAGCAGGAGCGCUUUGUCUCUGGAGGAAGCGGCGAAGCAGGAGAAUGGCAUAAAUGGCAUAUCAAAUGGUGGCUUCUACAAAAGACCAUUUCAUGAAUCCUUUGAACAAGCACCAAUGUACGUUAACGUCCUCACUUUCGUGGGUUUUGCAGUAGGAACGUUAUUCGGCUACCUGCGUGACUUCUUGAGAGGCUGUGGACUGCAAAAAUGUGUCUUUGCUAUAGAACGAGAAGAACAGAAGGAUUUCGUACCACUGUAUCAAGAUUUUGAAAACUUUUUUACACGAAACCUGUAUGUGAGAAUAAGGGACAACUGGAACCGCCCUAUCUGCAGCGUUCCUGGACCACAGUUUGACUUGAUGGAACGUAUUUCAGAUGACUACAACUGGACUUUUAGGUUCACUGGAAGGACAAUCAAGAAUGUAAUCAACAUGGGUUCCUAUAACUACCUUGGCUUUGCAGAAACUGAGCCCAGUGCUAUAAAAACUGUGGGCACUGUGUUAAGUAAAUAUGGGACGGGCGUGUGCAGCACGAGACAAGAAAUGGGCAACCUGGAUAAACACGUGGAGCUUGAGAAUCUGGUGGCACGGUUCCUUGGCGUCGAAGCAGCGAUGGCGUUUGGCAUGGGCUUUGCUACGAAUUCUAUGAAUAUCCCAGCAUUGGUUGGAAAGGGGUGUCUUAUUUUAAGUGACGAGUUGAGCCACACUUCCCUGGUUCUUGGUGCAAGACUCUCAGGGGCUACGAUAAGAGUCUUCAAACACAACAAUACUCAAAGUUUAGAAAAGUUGUUGAAGGAAGCGGUGAUACACGGACAGCCUCGCAGCCGGAGAGCAUGGAAAAAAAUUCUUAUUCUAGUCGAAGGUAUUUACAGCAUGGAAGGCUCCAUCGUACGCUUGCCAGAGAUAGUUGCUUUGAAGAAAAAAUACAAAGCCUACAUCUACUUGGACGAAGCCCACAGCAUCGGUGCUGUUGGCCCGACAGGCAGGGGUGUUGUGGAGUAUUUUGGAAUGAACCCUGACGAUGUUGAUGUUCUGAUGGGAACGUUCACCAAAAGCUUUGGAGCAGCUGGCGGCUACAUAGCUGGCAGAAAGGAACUAGUGGACUACGUACGAACUCACUCCCAUAGCGCGGCAUAUGCCACAUCGAUGUGUCCUCCUGUAGCAGAACAAAUCAUAAGAGCAAUGAAAUGUGUCAUGGGACUAGACGGCACCACGCAAGGGCUUCAGAGAGUCCAGCGGCUAGCUGAAAACACAAAGUACUUCAGAAGAAGAUUGCAUGAGCUAGGCUUCAUAAUUUAUGGCAACGAAGACUCUCCUGUUGUUCCUCUGCUCGUGUAUAUACCUGGUAAAAUUGGGGCUUUUGCAAGACGCAUGUUAGCAAAAAAUAUCGGGGUGGUUGUAGUUGGCUUCCCAGCAACCCCAAUCACAGAAUCCAGGGCUCGGUUUUGUGUGUCAGCUUCUCAUACUCGGGAGAUGUUAGACAAGGUUCUGAAUGCUCUAGAUGACCUGGGUGAUUUUUUGAAUCUGAAAUAUUCCCAGCACUCCAGGUCAUCUCGUCCUGAUCUAUAUGAUGAAACAAGCUUUGAACUUGAAGAUUAAGCUUCCCGCCCAUGAAGAAAACAUAUUACCAGGGGAAAUAAACAAUAAGAAGGCAUUUCUUCUUUUCUAAAGACAGUUUUUGCUUCUCAGUUAAUUCACUCAAGAGAAGCACUA